AUGGGGUUAGAGGAAGAUGAAGAAGGUACAGAGAUGGAAACCAAAAAGAAUUCCCAGCUCCUCGUGCCCCUGAUCCUUCUCAGCGUGCUCUUCUCACAAACACUGGCCUUGCCUCUUGUGGAAGCGGAAGCUCUGAGCAAUGACAUCUCAGAAGGCCAGCGACCAAUCAAACGCCAGGCAGAUGCAAUUCUCCUUAAAGACUAUACCCGCUUUCCUCAACAAAACCCUGAGAAUGAAUACUUGGAGGAAGUGAUUGGGAAAAAGAGCAUGCUCUUCACAGAAAUAUUGGCCUUGUUUGUAGAAGCAGAAGCUCUGAGGAAUGUCAGACAUGCUGAUGGAGUUUCCACCAGUGACAUUAGUAGUCUCUUGGAUCAUCAUUCUCCCAAAGAUUACUCUGAGUCCCUUAUUGAAAAACGAGCAAGCAAUGACAUCUCAGAAGACCAGAGACCAGUGAAACGCCAAUCAGAUUCUGAAUUUUCUGCUGCUUUUAACCUCUUCCUUCAAAAAAAAAAGUUUAAGAAGCAACCAAAGAAGAAAUUAAGGAGAAUAAGAAGUCAGAAGGAUGAUUCAAAAAGCAACUCUUUGAAAGAAAGCUGA